AUGGGAAUAUGGCUUUGGAUAGCACCAGGAGUGUUUAAGGUUAACUGUUAUUCUGGUAAUGAUGUUGAAUAAAUGUACCAUACGGAAAAAGCAAGCCUUUCUGGAGGAUCUAUAACUGGUUUACUGUAAAGUAAUUAGGACAAUUAGGGGCCUUUUUUCAGUGUCAAGUUUUAUAAAGCUCGAAAUGUUAAUUUUGUUGAACUGGUAUUUAUAAAAUGAACGUCAACUUAUUCAGUGCAUUGUAGAUACUGAAUAAAAAAUUGAACCGAAUCAGUUUUAGUUGAUAAUUUCUCGAUAAGCAUGAAAAUGGAGAUUUACGCAGAAUUAAAGUUUGCGUAAACCUGCGUAAAGUUGGUCAUCCAACUUUACGCAAACUUUCCACGGCGCGUAAAGGUUUGUAAAGGUAAAUUUACGCGCUCGGCUCUUAAAGUUUUCGUAAAGCUAGCAUAAAGUUGUUGUAACAGCUUUACGCUCAUUUACGCUACAUGUAAAGGUUUAGUAAGGUUGUCAUAUAAUGCUACCUUCCUAAUGAGGAAUUUAUUCCCGGCACUGUUUUUAGUAAGUCGUUUGUUUCCUGACACUAGUUCGCAUAGUUUUUUUGAUCACUCAAGACAUUUGAUGUUAUCGAUGUUGGUGUGCGAUGUAAACAAGCCAGCCACGCAAAUUGUUUUUUUUUGGGCGGUGCAAACGACUUAAUUCGUACCCGUUCAAAAAUGACGCUGAAAAGAAAAUCCUGCCAGCAGAGUUCAUGCAAAGAUAUAACUUGCGACUGUGCGGCAAUUUUCGAAAAACGGCAUAUCUGUCGCGGCAAACACAAUAGCCUUCAAUACUCAGUAGGUAUUGCCUCAUUGAUUUCAGUCAGUACAGUAUAACUGUGUUUGAUAGUACAGUUUGUUGCAGUUUUAAGCUCACCAAAUUCCAGAAAAAAUUGAGGUAGUAUCAUGUUAUAUUGAGUCGAACCUCGGAUCUAACGGCCACCUGUUCCUUAACGGUCACCUCUCCACACGGGCCAUUUUUUUUUUUUUGGCGGACGGUCCAUACAUGACAUACAUUCACUCUUCUUUCAACCUCUCUACAAUGGCCACUUUCUUCGAUGUCCCUAAGGUGGCCGUUGUAGAGAGUUUCAAAUUUAAUUUGAUCAAAUUGAAAUAACUGGAAAAAUAAAGAAAAAAUAUCGCCGCGCAAAAACGGCGAGUUUUACUUAAAGAAAGAACGCAUUACCUAGAGUGAAAGAACGCAUUCACAAAUUACUCUGACUAUUUUACAUUCAACGGAGUACUGGCUUCAUUGUUGAAUCUCCUUUAUCACUUCCUUAUUUUAAGUCCGCGGACUUCAGUUUUGGGAACGGGCAAUUUAUUGAAAGAAAGGGGCCUGGAAACAAUACAGUGAAGGGACAGCUGGUCAGCGGGCUUGUUCCUUUGCACAUGCUCAAUCGGGUUCGUUGAUUUGGCGUCCAUUUUGAAAGUGUCAAACGGUUUCAAACUUGCUUCUUUGGAAGUUUGGAGAUCGUUCAUACAUAAUUAUGCUUCUUGAAAGCAUCACAGGACAUCUUAAGGUUGUUAGAAAUUAUUAUUGCACUAUCAGCCUUUAGUAAUCGAUCACUUCUCAAGUGUAAAGCAACCCUUUCGGGACGAGAUGGAGACAGAAACAUCCUGUGAAGCGCAAGCAUUAACACUGGAAUGUUCACAACACAGACCAAGACUGUAUUACUAAGGCUCUUCGACACUCAAGAUUUCACUGAAAAGAGCAGAUAGUAAGGCAAGGUAAGUUGUCCUGGCUCGCCUUUUCUCUAACUUUUUAAGCUUAAUUCCAAACUUGUUUAUGAUGAGUUCCAAUGACUGUGUCAAGUAUUCAGUAACUAACAUUUCAGUGAGUAAUGAAACCAGCAUUAACCGUUUAAAGUAAAUUAUAACUAAACAGGUGUAUUUAUUUGGCAUAACCUUUCAAUACUAAACAAGCAACGAGACCAUGACGAUGAAGAUGAUAAUGUAAAAUUAUGUAAAGACUUUAGGGGUCUGAAGGAGUAGAGUUUCCUUGUUUUGUACUGGAAAAUAGGAGUUUGGUCACUGGUACUGGGAAUUACUAAAAGAAAUGGAAUUAAGAAAGAACAUCUGUAUAAACUAAGCUUGCAUGUAAUGUGAUACAAACAUUCUUAUGAAAAUUUUCACAGACUAUGGAAGAACUAAUAAACAGAAGAGAAAGGUGUUAACAAGUGUUGAAUUUACAAAUAGGCAAAGAUAAUCUAGUCUGGUUCUAUAUUUUCAUGCGUCAGUUAAUAAGAAACCCAAGCUUCCCAAUUCCCCGGGCAGUCAUAGCGAACAAAACCUCUCUGCAAUCCAGGUCAUAAGUAGUGAAUAAUUUAACAGCAUGCGUGUAUUUUUUGAAGCAGAUACAAAAGUGUAUUUAUGAUUUUAAAUUACGUGGGUUUUAACUUAAAUGAACAGAGAAUGAAUAGACAUUUUCAUGAGUCUUUCAAUGCAUAGCUAAUGCAGACCAUGAUUGAAUUAGAAUGUAUUUUCAUGUAAGUGCCGACAUAGUUGUUAACAUCUUCAGAGUUUCAUACCUUUAUCUGCAGUUCAAAGUAUGAUUCAUUUCAUAUAUUACCGGUACCAUUCAUUUCAAUCUUUACUGUGCACUGCUCUUAUGAAAUUAUAUUAUGGUUCUUGAGAGGAUACAGUGCAGUACAUACUGUCAGGAAAUUAAAUGCCUUACUUUUUGGGAAGCAAAGCACACAAUCAUGUUAGAAACUAGAAGUUGUUCUAUUUGCACCAUAGUUGUGUCAUUAGUAAAUCUAAGUUUUAAGGAAAAUAAAAUUUAAAGAAACAAGUUGUUGCCCGUCGGGCAAGUUAAGUUCAAAAUUCACUAGCUCGAUAGCAAAAUUCGCUAGCCCCGGGCUAUCGGACACUACUUUCUUUGCACGCUGCUUACUCUCUAAUAAUAAUAAUAAUAAUGUACAUCCAGUAGUUUUUCAGAGCACUUUACAACAAUAUUAAUGGAGGAUACUUUUGUAAAAAUGCAUACAUGAAAAUAAAAAAAAAGAUAUACAUUGUAAAACAUUGAACUCUAAUAAUAUAAUAAACCAUUAUUAAUAAAUUUAACAUAUAUAUAUUAUGCUUCAGUCAGUCUCCCUAUUAAUCACUCAACAUCAAGGAGGGUUCUAAAUGUCAAUAUUAUUGCUUUUAAGCAAAGCCUUUAACUCAUAGUAGUCAAACAUUUUGAAUCUUUAACAGUCAGAUGAAUGUUAUUCAGUUGUGUGAAUUUGUAGACAUUGAACUCAUUUGCUGCUCAGGUUUUGCUCUGUUAUCAGUUCCCUUGUGGAAAAUGCCUUAUCAUUUUUUCAAAUUUUUAGUCUUGGUUUGUGAAAAGAGCCAUGUGGGGAACCCUCUGUCAUGUAAAAUUGUGCUGAUUGUAGUAAUUUGGCCAUAAGUGCAGAAAAAAAUAUUAUUAAGUAAUAGCAGGCGGUGUCGUCUGGCAACUUAGGGGGUGUUUACAUGACACCGGGUUCGACUUUCGCCCCGGAGCGAGUUCACUCCGGUUCCCUCUCAUGGCUCUAUAUUUGUUUACAUGAUACCACCACAAAAUGUCAUGCCGGCGCGAGUCACCCCAGAGUGAGUUCACCCCGGUUCUUGUACCGGGGCAAUAAUUUCACUCUGGUACGAAAUCUCGCAGCGGUAUCAUGUAAACGCGAAAAGACCACCCGUUUCAGUGUGAAAUCAGUCUACCGGUGGACUGGAAUAGGUAGCGCAUGCAUAAUGUUUGCGAUUUUGAAUCACACGUGUAUUUUAUCAAAAUGAAGUGUACCUUCAAAUAACGAGAUAUGAAAUGACUCAGUCAUAAUGUAAACCCAAUGCAAAAUCAAAAAGUCAUGCCGGUAUGGGACUCGCGCCAGUGCAAUUUUUCUCAUGUAAACACCCCCUUACUGUACAUGUACUUGUGCCUUUAGUGCCCGAUUAAGUGUAUUAUCACUAGCCUACAAGUAAUCUGUGUAGUUUACUCAAAUAAUACUUGCUUUCUAUUUAUUCAGCAGAUCAGCCUGGUAUGGGAUGUUGGUGACAGAAAGUCCUCUCAAAGCAAACAGGAUUAAUACAUGUUAAUUACAAGCUUUAGUCUUGUAAAGUGGUUCCAUGGCUGUCACUAAGGGCCAUAAACCAGACUUUAAAUUGGCUACUUUGAGCCCAAUACUUUGCUAUUUUGAGAGGAAACGAAAGGAUAAUUUAUUAAAACAUAAACAACUUACCACCCUUUCAUUGUCCCACUCACUAAUUUCAUUUACUCUCUAAUAACUUGCAAUUUCAGUGACAGCCUUGUGCAUCUAACUUUUACAUCAUCAGUUUAUGAAAAUGAUUUGUUAUUUGGAUUUUUUUGUUAAAUUUGACUGAGAACACUUCUGGGAGUGAAAGGACUAAGUCAAGAAACCAUUAAUGAUAUACAUGUAUUAGGCUUUCAGUCUUUUUAUUUCUUAUCUAAGAUUGUUUAAGCUUUUUAUUUGAAUUACCGGUAUGCUAAAUUAUACUAAAUAUUUUCAUUUUGGAAGAGACCAUUUUGACCCACCUUUACAUUAAUUUGUGUGUUAGAGUUGCUGUUUUUUAUCAAAAUUUGACUUCAUCAGUUUUCUUGUACCUUACAUGUAAAUACUAAUAAUUAUUUUAAACUAUAAAACAUCUUAAUUUGGUAUAAUACUAAGUUAAGAUGAUUUUUUUUUAUUUUUUGAGAAGACUGUUUUGACCCAUUUGAAAAGUUUAUAUUCACUGUAUCUUCUUAUUUAAACCUUACUAAGGUGUUGGAAAAUUUUUCGUUUUUUUUAAUUUUUAAUGUAAUGACAAAGAUGCUAACACAGAAAUAAAUCAUGUUAUAUUUAGAAAAUUCUGUUUUAGAGUAUCAGUGUGUUUUGUUUUUUAAAACCUUGUAAGAUUACUCUUUUCGGGACGACACUGUCUUAAAGAAUGCUAUUCGUAUUUGCAACUUUUGCAGUUACAACAAUGUAGCAUACCUGGCGAUUUUCAUGGGAUUUGAAAUGUAAAAAUAAAGAUAGGCAAUUUGAAAAUUGGUUAUAGUAAUGCAAAAUUGCAAACGGAAAGGGGCCCUAAAUUUUCAGCUACUACUCCUUUGCAAGUCCGCGUAACGCGUAAAAGGAUUGUCUAAAUAAGAUCUUUACACCAACUUUACGCUUCAAUUACGCUGGUUUAAGUCUCUGCUUUAAUGCGCAUUUACACCAACUUUACGCAGACCUUAAACUGUCUCUUUACGAUACCUUUACGCAUGUGCGUAAAGGUAGCGUAAAGUUCGACUUUACGUGGCGUAAAUGGGUCGUAAAGUUACGUAAAUGAGAACUUUACGCCAGCUUUACGCCACCAUUACGCUCACUUAAAUUUCUUUUUUCGUGCUGUGACAGAUUUUCGUCAAUAAGCACUCCAAGAUUAUUAAUAUUAGUAAUUAUUGAUAUUAUCAAUGUUGUUGUUAUUAUUAUUGUUGUUGUCGCUGUAAUUCAAUGUUAUUUUAAUUGUGCCCCCGCAGGGAUUUCGCCGAGAAGGCGAAGUCCCAAGGAGGCACUCUAGUAACUCGGCGCGCGUAUAUUAAGGGAGUACUUACAGUUGAAAUAUACAGUCAUACAUUCAAUACAGAAAAAAAUCUCGAUUUGCUUGAACAGGGGCCGCAAGGAAUCGAUAGGUAAUGAUGACGUUUCUAUAAUUUGCGCCCGCAAGUACGAAAUGGUCCGCUUAGGUAGAUUUUGUGACAUUUAUUGUGCAAUCAUACUUCGUUACGUGUUAUCAGUGACAUUCUGCGGAGCAGUUGUUUUGAAAGUUAUAGACCAAAAGACACUCGUUAAGCGCAGAUGAAGUUAUAAGGCGCGUACUGUGUAUAUAUAAACAAUUGGAGAGUUUGCCAGACACGAGUUUACAAAUCUUUGAUUGGAAACCUUGCCAGACACUCUUUCUCUCUUUUUGACCGGAAUAAAACUCAGCCCCAAACAAGCAAGAAGAGUGAGCGACGGCUAGCUUAUCACUAGAAGAACGAUGGACGAUCACUGAAAUUCACCGACAAUCAAAUUCUGUGCUGACUUAUUCCCUGCUCAUAGAUGUCCAUCCGCUAUAAAGUUUAAAAUAAGACUAGAAUGCGCGAGCGUGAAUUGAUCAAACGUCCUUUUAAUUUCAAAGGCUUACUUUCCGGCAAACAAAAUGAACCGAAUGUAAAAAGUGAAAGUAAAAUAGCGAAAAAUUCAACUUCUAAUUAAAUCUUUUCAUAUGGUUUAGAAUAAACUAGGAUAAACUAUUCUCGAAACUGAGAAUGUUUUGAUCAAAGCUGUGUAAAUCGAACUGAAACUGCGCAUGGAACCUUGCCGGUUUCCUGUAUUUAUCUCACCUAUUGCAUGGAAUAUGUGUGAAAAUCUUCAUUAUGAAUCGGUAUAUUUCAAAGAGCUACACAAUUAACGAGCAAGAAUACUAUUGACCGACAAUAUACAGAGCGGGGCCAGCUGUAGUGUCAACUAUUACUAGCAGAAGCAUAUAAUCCCUAUAUGCUUCUGUUAGUAGUUAUUACUAUAGUACCGAUAAAAGCCAUAAGAAAAUUAAUUUUUUCUAUAUUUUUAGGAUUCCUGGGGCCAGGAAUUCCGCUUGGUACUACUUGAUUCCGAGGGAACUGGCUCUGUUGAUGGUGAAGGUUAUGAUGACAACCAGAUUUUCACCUUGACGGUUUUACUGGCGUCGAUUUUAAUAUACAAUUCGCAUGACGUUCCUAGAAGGAGAGAUCUUGAGGAGCUAAAGUAUCCUCUUGACUAUUUCUAAAGCAUGUUGUCAUUGAAUUAUGCAGAGUGUGAUUAGAUGAGAAGAAUUUGCAGAUCGAGGAGAAUGAUAACAGAGUAUAACAACCUUCGAGAUCUGCAUGAUCCUUUACAUCAUACGAGGGCCGAAUUCAAUUACCUUAUUAUAGGAAAUUAACGCUUCAUGAAAUUAAGGUAUUGGAAAUCAGCGCGACUUAAAUUAACGCGAAUUUAAUGGAAAAAGACUUUCGAAUAAAGAAAAUUAACGCGAAAGAGGAGGUAGAAUUUCAUAAUAAAGGAAAUUAACGCGAUUAAGACACAGUUGGUGGUGACAACUGGAACAAAUUUCUUUCAGCACAGGAUGCAAAAAAAUUCAAAGCAGAACAAAACUGAGCGGACAUCACUUCUGACAGCGACAACGACAAAGACGAACUCGAAAUAUUGUAAACCUUCGCCUUAGCUUUUGUGAAGGAUGAAAAAUAAAGGGUAAAUGGAAAGAAAGAAAGCUUCUAGUUAAUGUUUUUCAGGUGUCAUGAAUGUGUGGACAUGUUCCAAAAUUGCGGUUAAAAUACUGGAAAUUAAGAGCGCGGAAAUUAACGCUGCACUUAAUUAACGCUCAACAAAAUUAACGCGACUUAAAUUAACGCGAAUUUUAACGAUUCGCGUUAAUUUCAUGGAGCGUUAAUUUCCUAUAAUAAGGUAUUGUUUUAUUAUUCAUUCUAACCACCUCUAGUACCUUGACAUAAAGAAAUCUUACCUCCUGGCGGUAAGGUUUACCGCUUUACCUGUUUUUCGGGACGUUUUUUUUCUUUGAGAUACGUUGUUGAAAAGUGAUGAGACGUCAUUCAUUGAGAAAUAUUUUCGCGUAAUAUUGCAUUUCUGCCAUUCAUUUUUAGUCAGAAAUUCGGCUAUUUUAUCUCAUUUAUUUAUUGACACCACCUCUUCAUAUACGUUUGACAGUCAUUGUGAGAUAGAAAAUUUUGUACAGAAUAUUUUCCCUUGAUGUUUGAUACGUCUUUAGACAAAGUCCUAGAAUUUGGUGUGACAUUUUGCCCCCCCCCCCCCCCACCCUCUUCCUCACGGCUAAAUUACGCGAGUUUCUAAAUAAAUUUGAGCCAAUCUGUGGAAAAAGCAGACAAAAUUGCAAAUUCGAGGAGGUAACUCUAAGGGAAAGCAAAUUGGCUCUCCUUUCCCAUAAGAACUUCUGAUCUUAUGUAAAGGAACUUCAAUCCAGGAGGAACCUGUUUAUUUCUAUAUAUGCAAGAAACAUAGAAAAACCGAUCUCAAGCACCAGACAGGUAUGGAACUCGAUCAUGAUUAGCCUUUGCAACACAUACCAAAAUAAAAGCCUCACUGUCCGUUUUUUUGUAAUAUGUAGAUUUGAAGGGACAAAAGGUGUAUUCGUGCUGUGCUAUAGCAGAUUUCUUGGUAGAUUACUUUCAUCUGCCGAAUGGUUCAGUUUUAUGCUACUAUUAUGGUAACGUACUAAGAAUCGUUUAUUUUAACAUGUUCCUUAAAGAUCCAAACCCUUUUGAGCCAGCCCACCCUAAGCCUUAUCUUUCAAGCAAGGCAAUCAUAACAAAAAACCCAAUUCGGGAAUGCCUGAAAAUCGUGUGCUAUAAUAUUUCAGUUCACUUUAAAAGGCAUUAAGAAUUAAGAAAGCAGCUGGUCUAGGGAUUCUGAAGCAGAGCUUGUACCCCCGAUAACGUAUCUUAUCAAUAAAUCAAUUGAGGAUGGAACUGUUCCUGCCUUGUGGAAAGUGGCAUGCGUAACCCCGUUGUACAAAUCUGAGAGAAAUUACUGGUUGAGAAUUAUCGACCCAUUUCUGUGUUGCCGGCGUUAAGCAAAAUUAUGGAAAGGGUGGUACACAAACAAAUGAGUGCUUACCUUGAUCGACAAGGUUUUCCACAUAGACACCCGUAUGGCUUUAGACGUGGACAUAAUACAACACAAGCUGUAGGACAAUUGAAUAACUGAGUGCUCGAAGCCGUGGAUGGGGGCAAACUCACUAGCUUGCUCUUUGUUGAUAUAUCAAUUAAGGCUUUUGACUACAUCAACCUGGGAAAACUUGAGCUCUCACGAAUGUCUGGGAGAGCUCUGGGGUGGUUUAAAUCUUACCUUACGGACAGACAGCAAAGUGUAUAUGUUAAUGGAGAGUUGUCGGAGACUUAUCAAAUUGCUCUUGGUUUUCCUUAGGGGAGUUUUUUAGGACUCCUGUUAUUUAACAUUUAUAUGAAUAGCUUACCAACAGCGGUGGAAAGGAGCUGUAUGAUAUUAUAUGCGGAUGAUGCUGAGUUGAUUUAUUCUGCGACAACACAACGCGAGUUAAACAAAAUUUUGCAACGUCAGUUUAACCUUAUUUCGGACUGGUAUACCUAUAAUAGGUUGACCCUUAAAGUUAAAAAGACGAAGAUAAUGUUUGUAGGGAGCAAAACAAUGCUGUCAAAAUUUGAGGACUUUGAUUUUUCUCGAGGGGGCGGGGGGGGAUUGGUUAUGUUUCUUCUUUGAAAUACCUCGGCUUAUCCUGAAUCAAAAAUGGAAUUGGAAAUUACAUAUUAGCAGCGUAUGGAGGAAACUUGACCAUCGGCUGUCGGUGUUUAACCGUAUUUUACAUAUGUUAGAUAAAUGAACUCGCCUAACUUAUUUUAAUGGCUUGGUGCUUCCGCACUUGGAUUACGCGCACACCAUUUGGGGAGAUCAGCCUGACUUAACAUCAUUAAUCCAGCAGCUACAGGCUUUCCAAAAUCGGUUUGCCAAGAAGAUCACGGGAGGCACGUUUUCUUCAGGCGAGGCCCUGGCAUCGUUGAAAUGGUUUCCACUUCAUGGGAGGCUCUUUGGACAGACAUCGAUGUCUUACAGUUCAGAAUGCAAUCAAGGAAGAUGCUCCACAACACUUUGAAAUAUUUAGGACCCCUUUAAGUCAGCUUCAUAAUUUCAAUACUAGGAACGGAGCUUUCAACGAUUGGGUUCCCUGCCUAUUGAACUUAAAAAACAAAUGCCGAACAUGAUUUUUAAAAGAAAUUUGAAAAGGUUUUUAUGUAAUUCUUUUUAGGUUGGCUUACGUUCUUAAUUUUUAUGCUACUUACUUUUCAUAUUUCAUUUUAGGAUUUUUAAUAUUAUAUUAGUUUUAGUAUUUUAAUUUUAAUAGAGGACCCUCCCGAAAACCACUCUUAGUGAUGGAGCCCUCCUCUUAAAAUAUGUAUUUUAUUAUUUAUUUUAUUAUAUUAAUAAUUCAAUCUUUACAAAGAGUUGAACAACCUUUACUAGUUUUUUAGCUUUAUCGUUAAGCUCUGUCAGAGCAUCCAGGUGCAAUCACAAACAAAAGCUGCAGUUGGACAAUCGCAGGAAGACUCAAAGUUUUUCUAUAGAACAUUUCCUUUCUUCAUCUGGUUGCUACGAGACGUCACUCAGGACAUUCCGGAAGAAAAUGUGUCAACAUCAAAGACAACUUUUUGA